AUGCCAAGCCCCCCCCCUGAAAUGGUCAACAUCCUCUCCCACUUGAGGUUCGGAGAGCUGGAUGAAGACCUGACUGGCCUAAGCAACUCCAACGUUCUCACCACCCAAGCCGCCGAGAUGCUCGAAGCGGAGACCACUUCUCACACUGAACGUCUCUUUCUUACCCUUCUACUGGGCAUGGUCAACCAAAACGCCAUUCUGCAAAGACAGAUCGAAGGACUCAAGGACGACUUCGAAGAAGUCAUGACCAAACACUCCAACCUGAACACGACAAUCACCAACCGCCUCGAACGAAUCGAAGGCCGCCUCCCCGCGCCCCCCCCAAAUCCAGCCCCCAAACAGGACGCUAGGAACACCCCCCAAAACCAAAACGCCCACGCCCCCGCCAAAUCUUACCUACAGGCGGCCCAAGAGAACCUCCGACAGUGGGAAACUGCCCCUAAGCGAGGACGCAACAAAAUACAUGCCCUCCCCCAGACCCCGAAGGGCGCUGCAACCUUCCCAGCAUCCCAACGCCGCUUCUUUGCCACCAGGUCAUCUCCAACCCCCGUCAACGCAGCUGAGCAAGUAGCAGCAGAGCUAUCCGUGGAGUUCGGCCGGCUCCUCGCCCGCAGCAAACAAGUCGCUCCCGUCACAGCCCUUACAGUCUCAAUCAGUGCGAGAGGAACUAUCACGGUCCUCCCCCCUCCCACCGUCCCAUCCACGACCUACACCCACUGGUUUGAAGCCAUGACCGCUGUUGUGAACAACAAAAUAGGCACCCCAGAAAACCCUUACUCCACCUUCCGCCCGGCCCCGACAGAUGUCGAUAUUGCCAUAUACAGCAUCCCACUCUUUGCAGUCCCAGACAAAGAAACCCUGGACAACACCUUCCCAGAAGCCUUCAGCCUAGCCUCCGGAAUUACCCCCAUCGCCACACGCUUCCUGAACAAGGACGACGCCUCCCGAAAUGCGAAAGCCACAUCCACAGUUGUCGUCACAGUCUCCUCUACUGACGCUGCCUCAAUUGGCGACUCAAUCCGCCUAUUCUCCAAACCUCGCCGCUACGUACCCAUGUGGUCAGCCUCACCCACAACGCAAUGCAAGAGAUGUUGGAAAUUCGGCCAUGCCCUUAAGGGAUGUCGAGAACUUUUCGUGAAAUGCCCAAUCUGCACCAAAGACCAUGACCGCCGCGGUCACCGGUGCGUAAUCUAUACCUGCCCCGGAUUCCAAACACCGACUCCCUCAUGCUGCGCAGUCUCACCGGCCAAAUCCGCAAACUGCGGCGGCAACCACGCCGCCGACUCCAAGUCAUGCCCCACAUACUUAGCCAUCAUCAACAGGAAUAAGACCACGCCGCCCCUCCCCCCUGCGGAAUCCUUCACGGCCAUGGACAUCAAACCCGAAAACGAUGCCUCCCCCAGUAACCCCAGUACAAAUACAGUCUCCACACCCACCACACCCGCCCCCCUCACAACCCAAUCAUAA